CUGCGCGAUCUAGCGCUCACCGCGUUAACACGAACGCGCACAUUGGCUUGCCAUCCCCCUCCCCCGCGCCGACUGUCCUUUAAAUGCUCGCGAUGUGCUUUAAAUAGCAGGUGCUCGAACCCGUCUCCCUUACACGCGCAUCAUCAUUAUCAUCCUCAUCACCGCAGCAAUGUCCACCGCAAGCGCCGAGACGACCGCGCAGCUGCCCCCGGCGGCAGGUCGGGUGUUCUUUCAGCCCGGCGGCGGCUGCGCCGGGUCCGGUCCACUGCAGCGGGAUGAGCCGGUGCCGAAGAAGCAAGGCAAAGUGACCGUUAAGUACGACCGCAAGGAGCUGCGGAAGAGACUCAUUCUGGAGGAAUGGAUCAUAGAACAGCUGAGCGAUCUGUACGACUGCGAGGAAGAGGAAAUGCCAGAGGUGGAGAUAGACAUCGAUGACCUGCUGGAGGUCAACGGUGAAGACGAGAGAGCUGUAAAACUGCAGGAAUCGCUGUCAGAGUGCUUCAAACCAACUGAUGAGUUUGUGCGUGAGCUGCUCGGUCGGAUAAGAGGAAUGAGAAAACUCAGCGCUCCUCAGAAGAAAAGCUUUUAAGUGCUUAAAAAAUGCCAAUGACAAUCCAGCUACCUGGACUACAUGUCCCGCAAUCCAUCACUCAGCCUCACAUCAUACAACACGCUACCCUCACAGACUCCAUAUCCCACGAUGCAUUUCUCAUCCAGCCUCAAUAUACCAGAAUUAUUUUCUAUGGACCAUAAGGCAAUAAAUCUUAGAGUUCAAAGUUCAUCCGCAAGGCAUCUGAAACUCGGAGACAUUGAAACAUCUCAGUAGCCUGAUGUUCAUAACCACAACCUCUCUAUUGGUCUUGUUGGCCCUGACUACAUAGUUUGUAUUCAGAUACAGUAGUACAGUACAGUACAAGGUGGGCAGUGUUUUUGAGACAACAGCAACACGCAAAGCUGUUUUCUAUAUUAUUUGUAUGUUUUUCUUUUUAACCACAAGUCACAAUUUGACUCACAAAAAAAACCAUUUCAAUUAACAGCACUAGUGGCCUACAUUCAUCAAACCUAGUCUACUUUUACUUUGACCUUUUCUCUAAUCUUGCAUCAAAAGUCGUGCUUUCUUUUCCCCGUACUAAACUUGAGCGGAGCAUGAUGGGAUAUGUAGUCUUUCAUUAAGGGCCAGGAUUAAAUAUAUGGUGCACAUUGUUUGUGUCAUGUUUAGUUAUAAUUUGUCGGUCGGAGUACAUAUCAGUCAUUCAUAUAACCAUCACAUUUGUUUUGUUGCAAACGUUGAUUCUUUCAAGAAGAAAAAAUGAUAUGUCGCUAAACUAACUGUACUUUCAUAAAGUGGAUUUAUUAUGGAAUAUGUUCAACAUUUUAAAAGGUUUUGGGUGAGACAUGCUGACAGAUUGCAAAUACAAAAGGCUAUGUUCAGAAAGGAAUACUUGCAUACUACUUAGUGUACUGUUUAGUGCAUACUACUUUUUAUAAUUUUUUUAAGAUGCAUGCAGAAAUAGGUCAAACGCACUGCAUUGUGGUAUACCGUGUACCAUGCAGUCAUCUCUACUGUUUAUUUGACAAAUGUAGAUCAUGCAUACAGAAAAUGUGCAUACUGUAUACUGUAAAAGUAUGCUUGUGUGCUAUUUUGAAAAUAGCCUCAAAUUCGAUUCAAGAAGACACCAAGGGCUGCUUGACUAUUUAUGGAUCUGUUUUGAACAGAUGUACUGUAAUGAUCAUUUGUGAUAAUGAUGGCUGGAUGACUCGAAUCAUUUUUGAAACCAUGUAAAUCAUUACAAUCUGGGCUUUCAAUCGCUAUCCUCGGGCUGCCAAAGAAUCGAGAACGGUUGAAUAUAAACAUAUUAUGAAGUGCUAACAGUGAACACAUGUAUUUUGUUACACUAUUCGGGAACAUUUUCUCUUCUUGUCAUUGGUGUCAUACUCGUGGGUCAAUUUUGUGUCUGAUGGUCUAAAUCGAAUUCCAAGCAAUCCAGGAGAAACUACGGUGCUGUUUAAACUAUUUUAAUCCUCUAGUCUACAGCGUGGACAGACGAUGUGCUUUGCAAAAACCGAGACCUGGCCCUAAUACUCUUUUAGAGACUUCUGUCUUAGUCAGUAGGGUGACGGAUCUCUUGAAAGUCAAGCAGUGGUCACCAUCUGCCCUGAUCACAGCUUCUCAGAACUGAUGUGGAUUAAGGAGAUGGAGUGUGCGUAGGCUUUGACCCUUCUCACGGACGAGAACAUUCAGGGUUUAGGCUGAUCUUUUUAUUUAUUUAUUGUUCAUAAAAUGUUAGCGAUUGUGUACGAAAGUUUUAUUUAUGCAUGUUUUAGCGGCAUGAUAGGAACGUUUUGGAUCGCUUAAGCGAUGUUUUUUUUAUACCUUGAGUAAUACACUUAUUCAAAUUAAAUUCACGACUUUUUUCAUAAUUUUUAUUGACUGUAUAUCUGCGUUUUGAGUGUUUUUAUCAUUUCUUUUUUUAAACGUAUGUAAAGUGUUGUCUUUUGUGCUAUCUACUUAAAAAAUAAAAGUCUUGACUGUU